GCACCUCUUAUUGGCCACCUGUUGCCAUGACGAACCUCCUGCUUGGCAGCUUGAGCAAUGUUGCUGCCAUGAAGAAGACUUCUCGUACAAACUCAUCACCUUCUUGACGUCACAGCAGGAAGACUUGCAGUGACCAGCAUGACUUGGUUGGCAUGUUUGAUUGACAGGCUGCUGUGGGAGAGUCCUGCCGGCUCUUUGGUCACCGCAGGCUUGACUUUGCUCCUCGGCAUCUUCUUUUUGGUCUUUGGAGAAUCUUUUUACGUCAUGACACUUCUACGGAUCUUUGAGAUGGGCAGCAAAGAACAGAAUCAUGUCCUCCAUAAAGCACACAGCCAUGUGGACAUCAUUGCCAAAAAGGAGCCAUCUUUCCAGCAGGACGUCCAGCAGUUCGGGGCCUCCGCUGGCCGCCACCACUUCAAGAUGGCCGACGUCCUCCACUUCUGCCGCAGAGGAGCGGAGUGCAUCGUGGACGACGACGUCACCAAGCGCUUCUCGGCCCAGGAGUUGGACACCUGGAACUUGUUGACGAGGAGCAGCUCCAACUUCCACAACAUCAGCAUGAGGCUCGGCGUGCUGUGGGGGGUCGGCGUCCUCCUGCGCUAUGGCGUCCUGCUGCCUCUCAGGCUGACUGUAGCAGUGACUGGCAUACAGCUGCUCUUUCUCUUCACGGCCAUCGUGGCUUGUUUACCAAACAGAGACUUGAGAGUUUACCUGACUGAGAAGGUCCAUAGAGUUUGUUACCACCUCUGUGCAAGAUCCAUCUCAGCCAUUAUCACCUAUCACAACAGAGAGAACAAACCAAAGAGUGGGGGUAUUUGUGUAGCCAAUCACACAACACCUAUUGACGUCAUCAUCUUGGCCAACGAUGGCUGCUACUCCCUGGUGGGACAGCUGCAUGGUGGACUCAUGGGAAUGAUCCAGAAAGCCAUGGUUAGAUCUUCGCCACACAUCUGGUUUGACAGAGCACAAAUGAAAGACCGACAUCUAGUGGCCAAAAGGCUUGGAGAGCAUGUUGCUGAUAAAACCAAACAGCCCAUCCUCAUCUUUCCUGAGGGAACAUGCAUCAACAACACGUCAGUGAUGAUGUUCAAAAAGGGCAGCUUUGAAAUCGGCUGCACUGUCCACCCAGUGGCUAUCAAGUAUGACCCGCGCUUUGGGGACGCCUUCUGGAACAGCAGCAAGUUUGGCUUGGUCAACUACCUGCUAAGGAUGAUGAGCAGCUGGGCCAUUGUGUGCAGCGUUUGGUACCUGCCGCCCAUGAACAGACAGGAAGAGGAGGAUGCGGUGCAGUUUGCCAACCGAGUGAAAGCUGCCAUUGCUGCACAAGGAGGAUUAGUGGAUCUCAUUUGGGACGGGGCUCUAAAACGGGCCAAGGUGAAGGAGACCCUCAGAGAAGAACAACAGAAACUUUACAGCAAAGUCCUCACUGGUGAGACAAAAGUGGCGAUGAGGUGAAUCAUGGAAAUUAAUCUUAAAUGUAAACAUGGAACAAGAAGCUGUGCAUGCUCUUGUUGUUGUUGUUGUUGUUGUGUAAAAGGCCAGUACAGUAAACACGCUUACGUCAGGCCACUAAUUGGCUCAGUACUGUACUUCUAUAUAUAGGCUGUCUGCGAGGCUGCAGCAGGAAGUAGACCAGUGACUAAGUCCAAGACUACACAAUAUCCCUUUGUUUCACCUCAACUUGAUUCUUUUUCUACGUUCUUGUUGGAGCACACAACUUCAGCAGACGCUACCAGGACUACAAAAUGUCAUGUUUUGGUAUUAGUAAUAGCUGUAUUGACAUUACAAAUCACAUCAACAUUCAUCCAUCAAUUUUCUACUGCUUGUCCCU